AUGAAGAAGCUUUCUUUCUCCUUACCUUCAUCAAAAUCUUCAUCCAAGUCCAACAAUUCCGUCAAACCCUCCCAAACCUUCGACGAAGAUUCUUCCACCAAACAACAACAUCUUCAAAAACAGUUAAUCACUGAAUUCGACCCCUCCAAACUUCAAACCCUAGACUCAAAUCCCAAAACCCUAAUUCCCCCAAUCGAAAACCAAUGGCGUCCGUACAAAAAAAUGAAGAACCUUGACCUUCCUUUAACCGAUUCACACUCCUCCCAUUCCCUUACAUUCGAACCCGAUGCUUCUUCGAUCUCCGAUCAACUGGAAUCCGACAAGUCAACGUACGGUCUCAACCUUCGUGCUGCGAAUUCCGAAAAUAAAAAGCAGCAAGACGACGGUGAUGCUCCACGGCCCCGGAUUUCGAUUGAGGUUAAUAUGAUGCAGAAGUUUAAGGAAGAUAUGGAGAGGCUUCCUGAUGAUCAGGGGUUUGAUGAGUUUAAGGAUGUUUCGGUGGAUGGUUUUGGUGCGGCGCUUUUGGGUGGGUAUGGAUGGAAAGAAGGAAUGGGGAUUGGGAAGAAUGCUAAGGAGGAUGUUAAGGUUGUUGAGGUUAAGAGGAGGACUGCUAAGGAAGGUUUGGGUUUUGUUGCUGAUUUGCCUCCUCCUACUUCGAAAAAGGGCGAAAGGAAAGGGAAGGCGGAAAGUGAGAAGAGGAAGAAGGAGGAGAAAGUUGUGAGAAUUGUCCGAGGUAGAGAUGUUGGAUUGAAGGCUAAUGUUUUUGGUAGAGUUGGGGAUGAUGUUCUUGUUUUGAAGGUUUUAGGGAGUAGUGAGGAAGUUAAGGUUAGGGUAGAUGAUGUUGCUGAAUUAGGUUCUGUUGAAGAAGAUAGGUGUUUGAGAAAGUUGAAGGAUUUGAAGGUUAAAGACUGUGAGGAGGAAAGAGGGUCUCGUAGUAAGCGUGGGAGGGAUGAGGUGAAAGAGAGGAGAGUGGAUGGUAAUCGUGGUGGUAAGGAAGAGAAGGGGAAGAAACAGGUUCCUUGGCUUACGAGUCAUAUUCGGGUUAGAGUGGUUAGUCGGAGUUUUAAAGGGGGGAGAUUUUAUUUGAAGAAGGGUGAGGUUUUGGAUGUUAUUGGACCUACUAUUUGUGACAUAUCUAUGGAUGAGAGUAGGGAGAUUAUUCAAGGGGUGUCUCAAGAUAUGCUCGAGACAGCUAUUCCACGACGAGGGGGGCCUGUUCUUGUAUUGCUUGGGAAACAUAAGGGUGCUUUUGGGAGUCUUGUUGAGAAGGAUUUGGAUAGGGAGAUUGGUAUUAUUAGGGAUGCUGAUACCCAUCAGAUGCUCAAUGUCAAACUUGAACAUAUGGCAGAGUAUAUAGGGGACCCAAGCUUAUUGGGACAUUGA